AUGAAGACCAUCGACGUUCCAAACGCGGAACUGGGAGUCCAAGACCGCUAUGGGGUUGUCAUCCGCCCUGAUGGCACACGAUCCGGUGAUGUGGUGCAAGUUCGCAAAGACGGAACAGACGAGGUUGAUAGCCUCAGCCAUGGAGUCCAGUUCCUUGUCGUCGCCCUAGGAGAAGAAGCCCAAAUGGAUCUCGGGCAUCUGCCUCAGGUUCGCAGACUGGAGCUUCACUGUGCCGUCGAUGUUGCGCAGGUGAAGCUGCAUGAAGCCGCACUCGGACUCGUUCUCGUUUCACCCGGGCAUCCCGGGGAAGAAGCCGUUGUAAUUGCUCAGGCUGAAUGGCACUCCGUUCCGGGAGUUCUUGUGCGACAUGAGGACGCCCAGCGUAUUGUCCCUUCCCAGGUCGUCCGAGUUCAUGUCUCGACCAAGGACCUCUGCGAGAGCAGUGAGGCUGUUGAUGACCGGGUGGCCGAGGGCCACGGAGGAGUAUCUGGCCAAAUGGCGCAACCCCCAAGGGUCCCGGCACGAGGGUAG